AGUUAAGCAUGCUUCCUAAAUAGCACUGCAUGCAUUAUGUUCGAAAAGCUGUUAAUACAACCAAACUUACGCACGUAAAUACGCAAGCAAUAGGUUAGGAAUGGCCUCAUAUCCAGCCUUAAAAGCUACAAUACACGACCGAGGGGCAUUGUCUACUACCGCUAGUAAAUGCCAGUCCACCUUAGCGCCUUUUCCUGUGGUUAACCUUGCACGCCUGUCGCGGUUGGUUAGCAUUGGACCGCCCGCGUCGGCACGAACGCAUGCGCCCAGCCGCAGCCUGCUGAAGAGGCGUCGCAUUGUGACGCUUGCGACGCCAAAGGGCUUUGAAAGCGAGGCGGAGCGUUUCGUGGCGACGCUGGAAGCUGCUGAGGUGGUUCCCGAUGAGACUGCAGAGGAUGCCGCGUACCAGGCGCAGCUGCAAGAUCAGCUGCAGGCGCUGCUACAAGAGGAGACCCGCCUGUCCGCCGCCAUCGACUCCCUGUACGACAACACAUUCCGAGGCGUUGAAGUACGAGUGACGUACGACCAGGCAUCAGCAGCAGCUGCUGCUGCUACAGCCGAUGCUGACAUUGCCGAUGUAACCAGCACUGCAGCGGAAGGAGCAGGCGGGGAAGUGAAGGAAGCGGAGGAGGAGGUGGCGAGGGCUGUCGCUGUUGCUGGGUCCAAGCAGGAAGACGAGGAAGUGGAGGACGGAGGAGCAGCUGGCGAGGAGCAGCAGCAGCAGCAGCAGGAGGAGGAGGAGGAGGAGGAGGAGGAAGAGGGAGUAGUGCUAAAGUUUGAGAGCAUGUCGGAGGGGCAGUUCUCAUCGCUACUGAGGGAGCAGCCGGCGGUGGUGGCGGCGCUGAUGGCGGCGGCUGAGGCGGCGGCGGGGGCGGGGGCGUGGCGGGAGUUCCAAUCACAGGUCAGCACCCUCAAGCUGCAGCGAAGCCGCACCACCCGUGAAGCCGAGGAGCUCAGGGCAGCACUGGCGGCGGCACAGCGCAGCGCAGCCAGCAACAGCAGCAAACGAACCGCCGCCGCUGCUGCUGCUGCGGAUAGCAGUAGCGGCCAGGCGGCUCAUGGCUUGGCAGUUCCGCUGGCUCGUCCAGGAGGUGGUACGGCAGCAACACGUGGUGGAGGUGGCGGCGGUACGGCAGGAGCGGCAGUACGGGAUGUACGGAUUGUGUUGCUGAGCGGGUUCGAGAGCUUCAAUGUGGGGCUGUACAAGGAGGCGGCGGGGGCGCUGAGGAGGCAGAUGCCGCAUGUGACUCUGCAGGUGUUCAGCGACCGCGACCUCACCUCCGAACCCAGCCGCUCGCGGGUUGAGGCGGCACUGGCUCGGGCCGACAUCUUCUUCGGCUCGCUGAUCUUUGAUUUCGACCAGGUGGAGUGGUUGCGGUCGCGGGUUGAGCGGGUGCCGGUACGACUGGUGUUUGAAUCGGCACUGGAGCUCAUGGCGUGCAACAAGGUCGGUUCCUUCACCAUGGGCGGCGGAGGCGGCGGCGGUGCUGCAGCCAAGGGCCCGGGGGGGCCCCCUCCGGCCGUCAAGAAGCUGCUGUCCAUGUUUGGAAGCGGGCGGGAGGAGGAUAAGAUGGUGGGCUACCUCUCCUUCCUCAAGCUGGGACCCAAGCUGCUCAAAUGGGUUCCCGGCCAGAAGGCGGCGGACCUGCGGACCUGGCUCACCGCGUACGCGUACUGGAACCAGGGCGGUCCCUCCAAUGUGGUGGCCAUGUUCGCAUACCUGGUGGAGGCUGCCGUACAACACACGGGCUACGUCCCCCCUCCCAUCAUCGAGACCCCCGCGCUGGGCUGCCUACACCCCCUGUACGACAAGGGCUACUUCUCCUCCCCCGCUGAGUACAUGAAGUGGUACGGCAGCAGGGAGGGGCCGUUACGUGGCCGUACGACAGACGCUCCGGUCGUUGCCGUACUGCUGUACCGCAAACACGUGAUAACGGAACAGCCGUAUGUACGGCAGUUGGUUAGUCAGUUGGAGGCGGAGGGGCUGCUGCCGGUCCCCAUCUUCAUCAAUGGAGUGGAGGCGCAUACUGUGGUUCGCGACCUGCUGACCACGCAACAUGAGCAGUCUCUGCUAGCUCGAGGCGAGACGGGCGCCAUCAGCCCCACCCUGAAGAGGGAUGCGGUGCGGGUUGAUGCCAUCGUGAGCACCAUUGGUUUCCCGCUGGUGGGGGGACCGGCGGGGAGCAUGGAGGGGGGCAGGCAGGCGGAGGUGGCAAAGGCGAUCCUGACCUCCAAGGAUGUUCCCUACAUGGUGGCUGCUCCGUUGCUUAUUCAGGACAUGGAGAGCUGGAGCAGGGACGGAGUGGCUGGCCUCCAAUCCGUGGUGCUGUACUCGCUGCCCGAGCUGGAUGGCGCAGUGGACUGCCUGCCCCUGGGGGGCCUGGUGGGGGACAACAUUUACCUGGUUCCCGAGCGUGUCAAGAAGUUGGCGGGUCGGCUACGUGCCUGGGUCAACCUGCGACGUAAGGCCCCCGCGGAUCGCAAGGUUGCAGUACUGCUGUACGGCUUCCCCCCUGGGGUGGGCGCCACGGGUACGGCAGCGCUGCUCAACGUGCCCAAGAGCUUGGAGACGCUCCUGGUGUCGCUGCGCCGUGCCGGGUACGAUCUGGGGCCGGACGUGCCGGAGGAUCUGGCGGGUGUGGGUGAGGCGCUGGUGGCGGCACUGAGGCGGCAGACUGAGGACCAGCGGGCGGUUAGCGUGGGGGCGGCAGGCAUGGCCGCCCUGGGGCCAGGUCCCGCCGCCCCCUUCGGAGUGCGGGUGGGGGCAGGCGAGAUGGGGCCUGUACGGCUCAAGGAGCUGCUAAGCUACCCCCCCGAUUGGGGUCCCAGCGAGUGGGGGCCGCUGCCGUACCUGCCCGACCCGGACGUGCUGGUGCAGCGCAUGGAGCGGCAGUGGGGGGACCUGCGGGGGCACAGGGGCAUCCUCACCUCCUCUCGCGGCCUCUUCCAGGUUCCCGGGUUGCAGCUGGGGCGCGUGUGGCUGGGGGUGCAGCCGGCUCUCGGACUGGAAGGGGACCCCAUGCGCCUGCUCUUCCAGCGCGACCUCACGCCACACCCGCAGUACGCGGCGUUCUACAAGUGGCUGCAGCACGAGUACGGCGCGGAUGUCGUACUUCACUUCGGAAUGCACGGCACCGUGGAAUGGCUCCCCGGCUCCCCCCUGGGCAACACCGGCCUCUCCUGGAGCGACGUGCUGCUGGGGGAGCUGCCCAACGUGUAUGUGUAUGCCGCCAAUAACCCCUCCGAGUCCAUCAUAGCAAAGAGGAGGGGGUACGGCACCAUUGUGUCGCACAAUGUACCGCCGUACGGCAGGGCAGGCCUGUACAAGCAGCUAGCUACCCUGCGGGAUCAGCUGGCGGAGUACCGGGAGACGGCCCAGGCAGUACGACAAAGUGUACUGCAGCAGUGGCACCAGCAACAGCAGGAACAGCAGCAACAGCAACAGGAACAACAGGGAGAACAACAGCAAGCGCAGCCGCAGGCGGGGGGUAUGGAUGCGCUGCUCCGUGCAGCCCUGGCUCCGGUGGUGGCGGGGCAGGCGGGGGCGGUGAUGGACCAGCUGCGGCUGGCGGGGCUGGAGGCCGACUGCCCCUUCCAGGAACCCUCCACGGGUCAGCUCAUGCCCCUCCCGCCCGCUGAGGCCUUCGCAGCCCUCACCGCCACCACCCCGGCCUCGUCCACAACCACUGAUACCACCAGCGCUGCUGUGGCGGCGGCUCACACCUCCUCAGCUCCCGCCUCCUCAGCUCACACCUCCUCAGCUCCCGUCUCCCCAGCUCACACCUCCUCAGCUCCCCAGCCGCCCCCCGUUGUGCCCCCCCAGCACCCCGCACUAGACCCGCUGGUGUUCGAUGCGUACGCCUCCAAGCUGUACGCCUACCUGCAGCUGCUGGAGGGCCGGCUGUUCUCCGAGGGGCUCCAUGUGCUGGGCAGCCCGCCCUCCCCUUCCCAGCUGGGGGGCUACCUGGAGGCCUUCUUCGGAGGGGGGCUGCCGCGGGGGGCGGUGCAGGCGGUGGCGGAGCGCGGCGAGGCGGGUGCAGAGGCGGUGCGAUCACAGCUGGAGAGGCUGUGGGAGGAGGACCAGGUCGCCAUCUCUCCUUUCGAGGCGCCCCUUCCUGCUGCUGCUUCCUCUCAGCAACCCACCGCAGCUGCAGCCCCCUCCUCAGCGCUAGCAGCAGCAGCAGCAGCGGCAGCAGCAACAGCUACGGCUCCAGGGUUGGCAGCUCCGGAGGCCCCCACUCGCCCCACUCGGGAACAGCUGGUAGCUAGAUUGGAGGAGGCCCUCAAGAUCCGGUCACUGCUGCUCCGUAACACGGAGGUCGCAACAUCCACGCGCUGGACCCCUACCGCAUGCCCUCCCCCGCCGCCAUGACCCGCGGGUCGGCGGUGGCUGCCGCCCUGCUAGCCCACCACACCGCCUCCAGCCCGGGGGGCCAGCUGCCGGAGACGAUGGCGGUGAACCUUUGGGGACUGGACUCCAUUAAGAGCAAGGGCGAGAGUGUUGCCAUCGUGCUUUCCCUUGUCGGGGCGGUGCCGGUGCGAGAGGGAACGGGCAGGGUGGCAAGGUUCGAGCUGCUGCCGCUGUCGCAACUGGGCCGCCCGCGCAUCGACGUGUUGUGCAACAUGAGUGGCAUAUUCCGCGACUCCUUCCAAAACGUGGUGGAGCUGCUGGAUGACCUGUUCGCAAGAGCUGCUUCCGCGGACGAGCCUGAUGACAUGAACUUCAUUGCCAAGCACUCCAGGGCCAUGAAGGGCCAGGGCCUGGCGGCCACCUCGGCGCGCCUCUUCUCUAAUCCCGCGGGUGACUACGGCUCCAUGGUCAAUGAACGAGUGGGGGCGGGCAGUUGGAGCCAGGGGGAGGAGCUGGCUGACACCUGGGUGGCUCGCAACGCAUUCAGCUACGGCAGGGGCAAGGAGCGGGGCACGGCACGGCCGGAGGUGCUGCAAGCCCUGCUCCGCACGACAGACCGUGUCGUACAACAAAUAGACAGUGUCGAGUACGGCCUCACGGACAUCCAGGAGUACUACGCCAACACCGGCGCGCUCAAGCGGGCCGCGGAGGUGGCCCGUGGGUCGGCGGGUGGCCGCGUGGGCUGCUCCAUUGUAGAGGCAUUCGGGGGCGGUGGCGGGGGAGGGGCAGGAGGGGCGGGGGGCGGGGGUGCGGUUCCGCCCCCCCGGGAGCUGGAGGAGGUGUUGAGGCUGGAGUACCGCACCAAGCUGCUCAACCCAAAGUGGGCAAAGGCCAUGGCGGCUCAGGGCAGCGGAGGCGCCUACGAGAUAUCCAGCCGCAUGACGGCACUGGUGGGCUGGGGUGCCACGUCUGGCUUCCAAGAGGGGUGGGUGUGGGACCAGGCGCACGACACCUACAUUGCGGACACGGAGAUGGCGGAGGGGCUGAGGAAGGCCAACCCGCAGGCCUUCUCCAACGUCCUGCGCCGCAUGUUGGAGGCUGCGGGCCGCGGCAUGUGGCGCCCCUCGGAGCAGCAGUUGGCGCAACUGAAGUCGUUGUACGGCGACCUGGACGAUCAAUUGGAGGGGGUGGUUGGGGUGGACAGGAGCGGUACGGCAGCAGGAGGGGCGGGUGGAGAGGGAAAGGGGAAGGGGGGUAAGGGAGGGGCAGGGGCGCGGGUUGUUCCGGGCAGGGUGAGUGUGGGACGGCGGCAUAGGUGAUGGUAAGCACUGUUGAGGGAGAGGAGGUGCGAAGGAGAAGAGAGAAGAGCUACUUGUGUCAAUGAACUAAUGUAUAACAGCAUAAAGGGUGGAGAGGCGAUUUGGUCCGCUGCUCUGCUGCCGAGCGUUUUGUUAAUGCACGUAAACGUUGCUUUAUUUUAUGGGCUUUCAAAUGUUUACUACGAUAGCAACUGGGGCGCUUUGUAGUCCGUCUGUUUUGCGGCUCGGCUCGCUCUCUUGUCGUACUGCCGUGUCGUACAAAAGGCUGUGGUUGCUUGGGAGUGUACGGCGGGAUGCGUAUUCUAUUUAGGGCUCUCAGAGAGAUUGGGCCUUUACAAGCGUCACUUGCGUCUUUGGGGGAGGAAUAUACUUUGUAACGCUGCGGCCUGAUAGGAGCGAGUAUGUAAGGAAGUUGUGGCAAGCGGGUACAGGUGUACGGCAGGGUACAGGGUACAUGGUGGGCCACAGCCAUUGUCUG